GCCUUCUGACCAGGAGGAAUCCCAAAUGUCCUCCAUUUGGAGCAUCAAUAAAAGCCCAUUGGGAACCAGGUAUCUUUUGUAUGAUGUAAACCCACCGGAAGGUUUUAACCUUCGUAGAGAUGUCUAUAUCCGAGUUGCCUCUCUUAUAAAGACUUUGCUUAAAAGUGAAGCAUGGGUAUUGGUUUUGCCUCCCUGGGGACGUCUUUAUCACUGGCAGAGUCCUGACAUCCAUCAGGUUCAAAUACCUUGGUUUGAAUUUUUUGAUGUUCCAAGUCUCAAUAAAAACAUACCUGUCAUUGAGUAUGAAGAAUUUAUUUCAGAGGCUGGUGGACCCUUUAUUGACCAGGUGUAUGUCCUACAAAACUAUGCUGAAGGAUGGAAAGAAGGGACUUGGGAAGAGAAAAUAGAUGAAAGACCAUGCAUUGACCAACUCAUGUAUUCAACAGACAGACAUAAAUACUACAGGGGCUGGUUCUGGGGUUAUGAAGAAACUCGGGGACUGAAUGUAACCUGUUUAUCUGUCCAGGGCUCUGCCUCUGUCAUAGCACCAUUGCUUUUGAACAUCUCUGCUCGGUCAGUGAUGCUAGACAGAGCUGAAAAUCUUCUGCAUGACCACUAUGGAGGGAAAGACUACUGGAAUACUCGUCGAAGUAUGGUGUUUGCUAAACAUCUCCGUGUGGUGGGGGAUUUGUUUAGAAACCAGUACUUAAACUCUACUGAUGAGAAGGACAGCACACAGUAUGUUGAGGACUGGACAAAAAUGAAGGUAAAGCUGGGCAUGGCCAUAGGUGGCCCAUACCUUGCAGUUCAUCUCAGACGGAAAGACUUCAUUUGGGGUCACAGAAGUGAUGUGCCUAGCAUCCAGGGAGCAGUUAAGAAAAUCCACAGCCUUUUGAAGUUGCACAAACUUGAGAGAGUUUAUGUAGCCACUGAUGCCAUUGUGGAGGAGACUGAAGAGCUGAAGAAAUUGCUUCCACAGAUGGUGAGGUUUGAACCUACUUGGGAGGAGGUGGAACACUACAAAGAUGGAGGAAUAGCAAUUAUUGACCAAUGGAUAUGUGCACACGCCAGAUACUUUAUAGGCACCUCAGUCUCAACAUUCUCCUUCCGCAUUCAUGAGGAAAGGGAGAUUCUAGGUUUUGACCCCAAAACAACUUACAACAGAUUUUGUGGAGAUGAAGAGAAAACCUGCGAACAGCCAACUCACUGGAAGAUUGUAUAUUAAAAUAUCUUACCCUCUGGGACUGCAGUCUUUGGGCUCACCAAAGCAGUGAUACAAUCAUGGGUGUGCAUGUUGUUUUUAAUGCUAGUUUGCUUUUCAUUUCUGAUGUUAAGCACAAAUGAAUGGUAACAGAUUCCUUCUUCACCCAGACACAGUUAGUUCAGUAUGUUAUUACUACUGACAGGUUUUCUGAGAAAAUGCCAAAUGCCUUCCUUUUUUAAUUUGACCGGAAACAUAUUAUCAGUUUCUAUAUUCCUCUUCAGAUCAAGAGAAAGUCUGCUCUUGUUUGCGGUUUGUUUUGUAUGUUUACAAGAUUUUUUUUUUACUUGUAAUCCUGAUUUUGUGAGGUCUUGUUUACAAAGUUUCCAGAUAUUCAUGAAGUCAUUAUACAGGGUGAUUCAAAAAGAAUGGUGCAAAAACAAAUAAGGACAACUUUACUUUUGAACCAUUUUUAAAAAUCACAUGCUAUUUUAUUUCUGACAGUCAAGAUAAGUGUUAUCAUAGAGCAACCAAUUUAGUAACAGAUCAACCAUAGUAGCCUUCAAAGUAGCUUUCCUGAUCAAGGUGGUUGUGUGGGGAAGCUUACAUGUCUAGACUGUGUAAUAUUCUGCUCAUUUGCAUAAUCUUUUUCAUAACAUUGCUAGCUAAAAAUCUAUUGGUUUAUUUUUGUUCACACUUUCCAAAGGUUGGCUGCUGUAACCAAAAAUAGAUUUACGAGCUGAUUAUGAAUAAAAAGGGUUCUUUUUUUUAAUUGCAAGUUUCCUAGUACAACGUAUACUGUGUAAGCACAUUUCUGCUUCUUGGCCAGUAGUUUACCAAAACAAUGUCUGUGCUUGUCAUAUCUGAAACACUUAAGUUGUUCUGUUCUGCAUUUCCCAGGAAUCCUGACGUUCUUUCUAACUGAGCAGCAAAAAGAUAUGAAAAAGACAUUCUGCUCUUUUGUCAUUGUUACCAUCACUCUCAACAGUGGGAUGAUGGAGAGAAAGCAAAAUUUUCAUCCCUUGGAUGAUUAAAGAAAAGUCUGGAUACUUUU